AUGGACGACUCCAACAGCCGCGACCGCCGAGAGGGCUGGCCCGACAUCUUCGACCCCCUCGCCCUUCUUCGAAACCAGCCAGAACCACCUCUAGAAUGCCAGGUCUGCAUUGUCGGCGCUGGUCCCGCCGGCCUGAUGCUGGCCGCCAACCUGAUCAGAUACGGAAUCAAUGUCGAGGUCCUGGAUGACCGGGCAGACCAAACCAGCGCGGGAAGAGCCGACGGUCUGCAACCCAAGACGAUCGAGACAUUUAGACAGAUGCGACUAGCUGAGCCGCUAUUAAGGCGAGGUGUCCGAGUCUUCGACAUUGCCUUUUGGCGCAGCACAGCCGACGAAUCACUGCAUAGACUUGGCCGCGAAGUCCACUACCCACCUAUUAUCGAUGUCCUCGACCCUUACCUGCUCCUGGUCCACCAGGGCAUGGUCGAAGGCCUCUUCAUCGAUGAUAUGAAGAAGCGUAAUAAGGAGGUCCGCAGAAACAUGGCCUUUGAGUCGUACAGCGUCCCCGACAGCAAACAAGGCCCUCUCCAGGUCAACUGCCGCACCAAUGUCAAUCAGGACAAGCGAUCAGUCCUCGCGCAAUACCUCAUUGGAUGUGACGGUGCGCACUCAAAGGUUCGCAAGAGCAUCCCAGAUGCCAAGGCUAUUGGCAUGUCGCAGGCCGCUAUUUGGGGUGUUCUUGACGGCGAGUUGAUUACCAACUUCCCUGAUAUCUGGUCCAAGACCCUCGUCUUCUCUCAGGAGCACGGUUCGAUCCUGAUCGUUCCCCGAGAGAGAAACAUGACCCGUUUCUACAUCGAGCUCAAGGCCGGCGCCAAGACCGAUCGCCGCGAGCUUGGUCAGGAAUUCAUCAUGAGGCGGGCCAAGCAGAUCAUGGCCCCCUUCGAGCUGGACUGGAAGUACAUUGAGUGGUUCGGCAGAUACCAGGUUGGCCAGAGAGUCGCCAGCCGUUUCGCCGACAGCCACCUCCGGGCGUUCCUUGCUGGAGACGCCAGUCACACCCACUCUCCAAAGUCGUCUCAGGGCAUGAACACCUCAAUGCACGACUCAUGGAACCUGUCGUGGAAGCUGAACCUGGCUGUUCGAGGAUUGGGCAAGCCUAUCCUGCUCGAGAGCUACGAGGAGGAACGACGCAAGAUUGCCCUGGACCUGGUCAACUUUGACUACGAGCAUGCCAACCAGAUUGCUGGUGGUGAUGCCAUCGCCCUGGCUGAGAACUUCCGCACCAAUGUGCGCUUCAUCUCCGGAAUCGGUGCAGAAUAUGGAGAGAACGUCAUCAACCGUGCUGCUUUAGGCUCUGCUCAGUUUGUCAUGGGCGACGCCAAGCCUGGUUGCCUACUCCCUCCCGCCAAGGUUACUCGAUACCUCGACUCAAACCCUGUUGAUAUCCAGCUGGACAUUCCCAUGCUGGGCCAGUUCCGCAUCUACCUCCUCAUGUGGGAUGUCCAGCAGUCUGGCCCCUUCUUGGAGACCUUCUGCCAGGCUAUCGCUUCCAGCAACUCCUUCAUCAGCCAACUAUCAGCCGCUGCAAGCACUUCCUAUGCAAACCAGCCGAGGGAAGUAGACCCCGAAGACGUCUAUCUCCGCCCGGAGAGGUACACUGCCGUCAGCCACCUGUUCACCUUCGCUCUAAUUACUACCAUGCCCAAGACGGAAAUUGAGCUUUCGGAUCUCCCAAUGAUCCUGCAAGAUAGUCGCUGGACGUUUUACCUUGACGACAUUCCGGAUCAAGACACUCGCGGGUCGUUGUGUACCAACAAGUGGCUCGGCAGCCUUGGACCUGGUGAAGUCGCCAUCGUCAACGUUCGCCCAGACGGCUAUGUUGGUUCCAUCGGAAGAUGGGACUCAAGUGUCGAUGACUCCGGUGUUGAGGCAGCUCGAUGGCUUGAUGAGUAUUAUGACGGAUUCAUGCAACUCCCGACAGAGUAG